UGAUCUGAGACAGAGCAUGCAGAGAUCAGUUGAGCGGACAAGGGUCAUGGAGUGGGGACUGAAGCUGCUGUUUGUCCCUCUGGUGAUGACUACGAUGAUGAAGAUGACCUCGGCUGCAGCACAACAGAACUUUUGCACAAACUCAACCGUGUUGAGGACCCGGACAGCGUGUCACUCGUGCGGCAUCAGCCUCUUGGUCACGUGCCCGUCAGGAUACAGACCAAUACCCCGAUCCAAUGCCAAGGAUUGCAAUUAUGACAUCCGAACAUCCAGCAUGACGCUGCACAUAAGCGGCUGCUCCUUCGGGUGUCAAAGAGAUAUGGAGGUGAAGAUCUGCUGUCCUGGUUUCUGGGGUCCAGACUGCAUUGAGUGUCCUGACCGGGCAGACAAACCUUGCAGUGACAGAGGAACCUGCUCCGAUGGUCUUGGAGGAAAUGGGACCUGCAGCUGUCAGGAGGGCUUUGCAGGUACUGCAUGUGAGCUUUGUGCGCCUGGUCGUUAUGGUCCCUCAUGCAAAUCAGUGUGUUCCUGUGUGCACGGUCUAUGUGAUUCUGGUCUAACAGGUUCUGGUUCCUGCCUCUGCUUCUCUGGAUAUAAAGGCCCAAACUGUGACCAGGAGUUACCUGAGUGUUCAGCUCUCGGCUGUCAGCAGAACUCUCGCUGUAUGGAAGACGCUCUGACGGGUCAGCUGAUGUGUCAGUGCAUGCCUGGAUACCAGAAGUCUGGAGAUAAGUGUCUGUCCAUAAACCCGUGUCUUCAGCGGGUCUGUCACGUCCAAGCCUCCUGUGUCCACUCGGGUCCAAACCAGCACCUGUGUGCCUGUAACGAGGGCUACAGCGGGGACGGACAGGUCUGCAUGGCCAUCGACCCGUGUCAGACCAAAGAGGGAGGCUGCUCUGCAGAGUCCACAAGAUGUGUCUACGACGGACCAGGAAAGUCUCACUGUGAGUGUCUACCUGGUUUUGAACAUCUGAAUGAGGGCGGCUGCAGCGUGAAGGAGGCAUGUCAACGGGAUUCAUGUCACGAACACGCCAACUGUACCACCGUGGGACCCGGACGAUUUGAGUGUACCUGUCUGGAGGGUUACUAUGGUAAUGGUAAAAUGUGUUACGGGAACAUCAUUCAGCGUCUGAACAGUCUGAACACGGAUCCUACAGGAGAGUGGAGGGGUCAGCUGAGCAACGCCAUCGAGCUGUUCAGUUCUGUGUCGUGGCCUCUGCAGAAUUUGGGUCCGUUCACUCUGUUUGUCCCGACCAAUAAAGGUUUCAGAGGAACUUCAGUGAAGACUCUGACCUCUGACCUUUCCAAAGCAAAGUACCUGUGUAAGUUACACCUGGUUGCUGGGGUGCUGCCAUUCAGCACUCUAAAGAAAACAGACGUCUUUUACACACUGACGGGAAAAUCAGCUGAGACAGACACCUCAGAUGGAGACUCCCAGACUAAAAUCCGUCUUCAUGGCAGCAGGAAGAAAGGUGUGAUCCUGAAGUCUGACCUGUUGGCGUCUAACGGGAUGAUCCACAUCAUCAGCAAACUGAUGGACAGUGUUUCUGCCACUGUGGAAAGUGACACACAGGAGAACCUGAUGAAGAUCGUCUCUGACUACGGAAAAUUUAACAUGUUCAAGUCCUUACUGGAGAAAGUAGACCUGGCUUCAGUCCUGGAUGGUCCUGGUCCAAUCACAGUCUUUGCACCCAGCAGCUCCGCCUUCGACACGAUGACUGAAGGACACCUGCAGUACUUGAGCAGCGAUGAGGGUCGCUACAAGCUGCUGGAGUUUCUGAGGAACCAUUUGGUCGCGUCCACCACGCUUGAAGUCUUUAACGCUGUGUCCAGCCCAAGGAUAGUGUCGAUGGCAAAUCAGGUUCUGACCAUCAAGCUGUCUGAAAACGGUCAGAUAAACGUUGACGGUGCAGACGUGUUGGAGGCAGCAGUCGAAGCCAAAAAUGGACGUCUGUAUGUUAUAAAUCAAGUUUUGACUCCGCCCUCUAUCCAACCUGUGCUGCCCAACAGGUGUGACUUCAACGAGACCAAAAUCGUCAACGGUAAUUGUAUGAGCUGCUCCAAAGUCACACUGUCUCAGUGCUCGUCUGGAGUCUAUGCAGGCUCCACAUACGGAUGUUUUUACUCCCUGACCCUUGGCAAAUCGGCCCUCAAAAUCCUAGCCACAGGCUGCCGACAGCUCUGCAAUGCAAAUGUCACGACACCGGGAUGUUGUAAAGGUUUUUACGGUCUGGACUGCAGUCCCUGUCCAGGUGGACACCAGACACCCUGCUCAGGACACGGUCAGUGUCUCGAUGGGAUGACAGGAAGCGGAUUGUGUGCCUGUGAUCAGAACUUCGGAGGCUCUCGCUGUCAGUACUGCUCCUCCUCCAACAAACACGGACCAAACUGUGACAGAACGUGUCCCUGUGUCCACGGUCAGUGUGAUAACAGCCCAGACUCAGGCGGUCGCUGUAAACUGGACUCCUGUCAGACAGGUUUCACUGGUCUGUUCUGUGAUCGAAGGACGAAAGCGUGUGGCAUUCAGGCUCAGUUCUGUCAUGCACAUGCGGACUGUGACUUCAGCCAGGGAACCCCCAGGUGUGUUUGUAAACCUGGUUACCGAGGAGACGGGAUCACCUGUGUGGAGUCUGACCCAUGUGCCCCGCCCCUCCGAGGCGGCUGCAGUCUGAACGCUAAAUGUGUAAAGACAGGACCUGAUUCUCACUCAUGUCAGUGUCUGAGCGGGUGGAAGGAGGAUGGAAAUGAUUGCCAACCAAUCAACAACUGUGAGCGUCCUGACAGAGGAGGCUGCCACGCCAACGCCACCUGCAUCUACGUUGGACCAGGACAGAGUGACUGCGUGUGUAAGUCGGGCUACAAAGGGACGGGCUGGGACUGUGAGGCUGUCAAUCAGUGUGUGUCAGCUAAUGGAGGCUGCCAUUACCUGGCCAGCUGUCUCCUGCUGUCCUCAGCGUGGACGUGUGUGUGUGAUGAAGGUUAUGUCGGAGACGGACAGUUGUGUUACGGCACGGUCAGACAGGAACUGUUGGUUCUGCCUGACACCACAGAGUUCUUAGCGUGGACCACUGACUCCGGUCUGUCCUGGUCUCUGUCAGACCAGAACCUGACCCUGCUGGUCCCAUCCUCAGAGGCUGUCUCUAAAAUGUCCUCAGAGGACAGAGACUUCUGGACUAUGAAGGGGAACCUGCCAAGUCUCAUCAGAAAUCACAUGAUCGCAGGUGUGUAUCCAUUAUCCAACCUUGGCAGCCUCUCCUCGGUCACCUCCCACCUCAAGACCACACUUCCUGUUUCAACAACCAAUGAGCUCACCGCAGUCGGAGGAGCGACCAUUACCACAUCCAACAUAGCAUGCACCAAUGGGCUAAUCCAUAUCAUUGACAAGGUUUUGGUUCCUGACAGGAAGCUGAGUGAAGGUCUUCUGGCGACUCUCGCUCUGAGGCCAGACUUCUCUCUGUUCAGAUCUUACCUCAUUAAUUACAACCUGACCGAUGAGAUCGAACAGUCAGACGGGUUCACUGUGUUCGCUCCAACAAACGCUGCCAUCUCUGAUUAUCUGAAGGAAACGUCUGCUGCCGUCAUGGAUUUGAACACCACUCGUUACCAUGUGGUGGCGUCAGAGCGUCUGUUAAAGACUGAUCUGCAGCCUGGAGGGUACAAAGAGACGCUGCUCGGGUUCUCCUUCCAGCUGAGCUUCUUCACCCGAGAUGGGAAGCUAUUUGUGAAUGACGCUCAGAUGAACUCGUCUAAUCUGCUGAGCGGUAAUGGAGUGAUUCAUGGACUGUCCUCCGUCCUCCGGAUCAACAGGAACCGCUGUGACCAGGCCAAGUACCUGAAAGUCAUGGGAAGCUGUGUGGACUGUGUGUUCCCUCAGAGCAAAAUCUGUCCCAACGACACCGUGCAGGAUAUGUCAGUGAGGAGGAGGAAGUGUAUGCAGGAGCGAAUGUUUGAAGAUGAGCGGCUGCUGACGAUCGGCUGCAGAGCCACCUGCCUGCACAGGAUCAUCGAGCGAUCGUGUUGUGAAGGGUUUUUCGGCGCGCACUGUGAACCGUGUCCUGGGCUGAAUGGUCAGGCCUGCUCCGGUAAUGGACGCUGUGAGGACGGGACGAAGGGGUCCGGGGUGUGUCAGUGCCUCAAAGGUUUCAGUGGGACGGCCUGUGAGAGUUGUGUGGACGGGAAAUAUGGAGUCCACUGUGACCAGGACUGUCGUUGUAAAAAUGGACGCUGUAAUGAGGGACUGAAAGGUGACGGGACAUGCAUCUGUGACGUUGGUUGGAGAGGCAUCCUCUGCGAUGAGAAGAUUGAAUCUAAAGCUGAUGAGCUGUGUGGAUCAGUCAGAUGUCACACCAGUGGAAACUGUUUGAUCGGAGCGACCGGUCCUUGGUGUUCCUGCGCUGCUGGGUUUGAAGGAAACGGAACUUCCUGUCAAGCCAUAGAUCCGUGUGCAGUGAGUAACGGCGGUUGCAGUCCAACCGCAGUGUGUAAAAGGACGUCACCUGGCCUCAGAGAGUGUGUGUGUGACACUGGCUACCAUGGGGAUGGAUUGGUGUGUGUCGAAAUAAAUCCCUGUUUGGAAGGAAAUGGUGGUUGCGAUGCCAACGCAGAGUGCAUUCACGUGGGACCAAACAGAACUUCCUGUGCCUGCAGAGAUGGCUACUCAGGUAACGGUCAGGACUGCAAGAUGAUCAACCUGUGUCGAAAGAAAAACGGUGGCUGUCACGAGAAUGCCUGGUGCAACAUGACGGGUCCAGGUGUUCGUACUUGCAAGUGUAACAGCAACUUAAUCGGAGACGGACUCACCUGCAGGGGCACUGUGGGGAAGGAGAUCCUGAAGAGGAAGCUCAGAGACUUCUACAUGGGACUGAUGGUGACUGAAAUUUCUCUGAAAGGUCGCGGCCCGUUCACCGUGUUUGUCCCUUCGGCCAACGCAUUCAACUCAGAGAAACGAGGCAAGUUAAAAGUUGUAUCAUCAGAAAGCCAUAAACAAGAAUUUGCCGCCAUCAUGCGUAGCCACAUCGUCAUGUGUCACACUCUGCUGCUCCCCGACCUGAGCCAACCACGAAACCUGACAACUCUGUCCGGACUCGUCCUGACCACCAGGUCAAACCAGGGCAGCGUCUUCAUCAACGAGGCCAAUGUGACGUACGGCCAUGGAGUUAGCACCAAUGGCAUCUUCUACGAGAUCGACAGGAUUCUCUUUCCUCCAAAAAAUGACAAAAUACAAGUACCAGAUGUUCCUAUGAACCUGAGUCAAGUGGCAGAUCUUCAUGGUUACAAAUCCUUCUACAGGCUGCUGGAGGACUCAGGUGUGAUGGACUUGGUGAACAACGCCUUGAACCAGCCGGUGACUGUCUUCCUGCCCUCAGACAGCGUCAUGGCUUCUCUGCCACAGGAGCAGAGGGACUUCCUGUUCCACAAAGACAACAAAGCUCAGCUGCUGGAGUACUUGAAGUUCCACAUUCUACGGGUCAAUAAGGUCUACGCUGAAGGUCUGAUCCACAUGGACUCGGCUCCGACUCUGCAGGGUUCCUCGCUGUCCUUCAGCUGUGGGGGGACAGACAACAUCGGAGAAGUGUUUGUCAAUGAUGGAAAGUGCCGGAUCGUUCAGAGACACCUUGGGUUCAACGGUGGGAUCGCAUACGGGAUCGACUGCCUGCUGACUCCGCCCAGCCUCGGAGGACACUGCGCCCAACAAACGACUCUCGACCUUGAGUUGACCUGUGGACAGUGCUCCCACCCCGCUUCACGCUGUCCAAAAGGAGCCAAACUAAAGGAGAUUGCGAAGUGCGACCUGCCGAUGGUAUAUGUAACAAAGAACUCUGGGUGUCGCUCCGUCUGCACUGUCAGCUUCUUGAAGCCAAAGUGUUGUCAGGGUUACUAUGGACGGGACUGUCUGGCCUGUCCAGGCAGCAGCAGCUCUCCCUGCAGUAACCGGGGCAAGUGUGAUGAUGGUCACCUUGGUAACGGCACAUGUACCUGUGAGGUUGGUUUUGGGGGCGUGGCCUGUGAACGGUGCAGUGACGGGUUCUAUGGCGGUAGCUGUAAAGCCUGUAUCUGUUCAGAACACGGGUCAUGUGACCAGGGCCGUAAAGGUACAGGUGCGUGUUUCUGUGAGGCGGGCUGGACUGGAGGGAGUUGUGAGACGCCACAAGCUGAGGUACUGGAGUGUUCUCCGUCCUGUUCGCCAAAGGCUGUUUGUCAGCAAAAUAACACAUGUGUGUGUCGGCCAUUUUAUGAAGGAGAUGGUUUCACCUGUACAGAGGACCCAAAAGGGAUCCCUUCGGACCCAGACCUGCCCCCUGACCACGGCAGCCCCUCCCCCACUGAUGAGGUGUUUGACUCUGCCCCACCUCCGCCCCCCUACAUGCCCCCUCAGCCCUCCAUUGAGGAGGCGCGGCAGCAGAUGCACUCCCUCCUGGAUGACGCCUUCGCCCUUGUGUCGCCGUCCUCGCAGGGCAGCGCUGGGAGAUAUUCAGAGCUGGGGAUGUCUCCUACAUCAGUCCAGGGCCUGCUGCAGAGGCAGGGCCUGGUCUCAGGAGGGUACGUUUCCACUGGAGACCAGCUGCAGGAUUCUGUUUACUCCAGCAGAGGGCCAUACGAGGACCCCCCCUCCUCAUCCAGACCUCGACCUGUAGGGGGAAGCACAGGUGCACAGCUCCACCACUUAACCCAGGUGGGUUUGUCGAGUCAAAUCGGUGUGUACCCUGGGGUGGGUCGCAGCAUGUCAGGUCCCACUGGCUCUAGCUGGAACCAGCAGCACUCAGACCAGGACCUGUCCAGACCAGGAGCCAGCAGAGAGAGUGUGCUGUCGUUCCCCGAGUUCUCCUCCUCCUCUGUUUUCCAGAUGCCCAGCUCCUCGUUGCGAGACCCACAGGCUCCGCCCCUCCUUCUGACGUCACCAACCCCAGAGUACCCACCUGAGGACGCCUCACCCUCGGCCCACACCUCUGCCUCCCUCAUAAAGGCGAUCAGGGAGGAGCUGCGCCGUCUGGCCCAGAAACAGGCUGCAGUGACCAGCUACCCAUAGACUGGUCUGGACCUGUUUGAAUCAGGACUCUACAGGUUUCAACAGAUACUGUUUCAAACCUCUCAGAGCCUGUUAGGUCUGGAUUAAAACCACUAAUCUGACUGAUCCACACGCGGGACUCUUGGAGCUAAUCUACGUCUGUGCCGUUAAACACAAAAUAACUCUGGAUCACGAUUCCACUUAUGAGAAAAAAAAGAGGGCAGUGUCUCCGGACUAAAAAACCUCCGGUACUUUACAGGGUCCCGUCUGCUCAUGUGUCCAUCAUCCUUCAGCUCAGCGUUCAUUGGACGGGUUUGACUCUUCAUGUUUCCAUUGAGGUGCUUCCUGAACUGGUUCAUUCACCGAUAAUCCGUCCACAACAUCAGGAGCAUCAGUUUGUUCAUGAAAGUUUGGAAAGUCCCUCCCGACACUUGUGAAUGAAUCGUCCCCCUAGUGGUCUGAUGAGGAACAUCAACCCUGAGCUUCUAGAAGGGCUCUUUCAUCCUGGCCUUUCUGGAGUGGAUGAUCCCUCCUGACCUUUUCAGGGAGAUCAUUUCUUCCUAAACCCCUGGAGUGGAUCUUCUUGGCCCCUUUGUUGGACUCCUGGAGGGAAUGGUCUCUCCUGGUGGUCUUGAGUGCCUGGAAACUCUGCAGAGAUUUAGUCUUGCUGGAGUUUGGAGAGGACGAUCUCUUUGGAUCUUCUGGGAAGAUAAUUUUUUGAGCUUCUUAAGCUUUUGAACCCUCUUGAAAGUCCAGGUAGGAUGUCCUUCCUGACUUUCUGGAAUUGAUGAGCGCUCCUGACGUCCUGGAGAGGAUUGUCCCUCUGGACCUUCUGUGGUGCUAAACGUCAGCUUCAUACCAUCUCCUCAUCGACCACUUAUUGCCUUUCACACUCCCAUCAGCCACGGGGAACUGGUCUCCGUCCAUCAACCAUAUCAGUGAGGUCUCUGCACUGUCGACAGCUGGAGGCGGCGUUCAGGUCCUACAGCAAGGGGACGCAAAAUAGAAAAAAAUAAAUAUCUAUAAAGUUGAUAUAAAUAUCUGUAAAGAUAGAAUCCCAAUGAGCACAAUAUUAAUGUAAGAGUAAUUAUCGGAGUAUUGAGAUGUUAUUAUUUUUUAUUGCUUCUAUAUGAAAGUAUACUUUAAAACAUUUAUUUUGAUGAAAAAAGACCAAACUACUGUUCUAUGGUUGUAUUCCUCUUGUGUUUGAGCUUGCUGUACAUUUGAGCCGGCGCUUGUUUCUCAGUGGAGGCGUUGCUUACCGUAGCUGCUCGCUCGUUGUGUUCAUGUAUCGGUGACAAUGAAAAAAAAAUAUAUGGCUAAUGCAUCGCUUUAAUAUAUCCAGAUUCCUCAUUGGUAAUCUGUUGCAUUCAUCAGUUUGUGGGCAGAAAAAUAUAGAUGAGUUUUUCUGUACGAGGCAGAGAUGUGAAACCAGUCAUUCAUCGCAACCAGAGACUGAAGCUAAAAACAGAAAUAGAGCGCCCCCUAGAGGCUCUAAUAUUCAGGACACUCUAGAAAAUAGCCACCAUUUGAAUGUUAUCAGCCUAGCAGUGACAGAAGAAACCUUCUGGCGUAAAGGUCAGCCAGAAUGUUCGGCAUUUUCUUGCUUGAUUCGUACAAAUAACUAGCUCCAUUUGCGUGUACGCAAGUCCCCAAAGAUGAGAGGCUGAUGAUGCUAAUUGGGGAAGUUCUAUCUUGCUAGUAGAAACUGAUUACCAGAUAAUCUGAUUUCCUCACUCGCUUUCCUUCAAUCAAGCUCCAUUCUACUUCCUGUUUAAAACAAAAUAAACAGCUAGUGUCGUACAGUUCGGGUAGCCGCGCACAGAUGCUAUCAAUUCUUCCUCAAGUUUCCAAAUGAAUAACCCUUCAACAGAUCGUUCUUCACAUCAUAAGGACACCGGAGGAUGUCCAUCUGAUCUGAUGGCCAUCAAGACGUGAAUAAUUUGACCUUGUGAAUUAAAAACAUAGGCCACGGUUACAUGAUGUUUUUUAAUUCAGAAUUAAUUAUUCAGAAUUAAAUAAUUCGGAAUUAAAGUAUUCUCCUUCGCCUUUACAUGGAAAUAGUAAUUCCGAAUUGAGAUUUACAUGGAAAACACGUUUAAUCGUCUUUAUUCAAUUCCGCUUAAGGUCUGGGGUUGGGAAGGGUUCUGAUUGGACAGGGGUGGGUGUGCUGUAUUUACGUCUACAGGAAGAAAACAGACUCCAGUUCCUGCUUCUUUUACUUUCGGUUACAACAUUUAUUCUGAAUUAAAGAGGAAUUAAAAGUCUCAUGUAAACAUAGCCAGAGUGUUGACCACGUCACGAAUCAUGCCAUUUGUACGUAGGAGUCGCUCUUUUCACGCAAAUUCGUGGCAUUUGCACUGCCCAACAAAAACUUGCGUCUUAUCACGUCUUUAACGCAGAUAUCUAACGUGGCUUCAGGUGUAAGAAGCCCUGAAACUUUUUAUCUUCAUGUGUUGGCUGUGCAGCUGAAUGACUGGUUCCCCCCUCUGCUGGUCGGCUGUUUUCUUUGUAGUGUUGUGAAGAAGUCAGUCGCUCAUAAAAAAAAAUCUGGUUUCAAAGAGUGAGAGAGGGUUUGUUCGUCUCUGCUCUUCUUCAGCAUGUUUGACUAAGUUUGAGGCUUUAGCUACUCGUGGUGUUCCGGUUAAUGUUAGCAUGCUGCUAAAAGAUGUUAAAAACAAAGUUUUAAAAAGUAAAAGAGUUGUUCCACAUCAAGUUCAGAGUGAGCAAAGAGUGCCAUAAAACCAUCGCUCAUCCCAAACACAGUAGAGAAAAAAAAUAAUCAUAUGAAUCAUGUUUUUUAGUUUUGCAUUUCCAGAAGAUAUUUUUGAAUCUGAAUAAAGAUGGUGACAGUAAACCGUGUAUAAAUGAAAGUGGAUAUGGUGUUUAAUAGAAAACUAUAUAUAUAUAUAUAUAAAAUAUUUUAUCUGUGAUCGGUCUGCUGAACGGACUCAAAGAUCUGCCCGGCAACAGGGCCAACACAUCCUCCAUGGACCAGAAACCAACCACAGAACUGUUUGCUCUGAUUGGACCUAGCACCUGUCAGUCAGACUGUAGGACUCAGGCCCACCUACAGGAUCCAAUGGUGCUAAUUCUACGACUCCAGGUGUGUCUGAAACUUGUCAGAUCACACCUGAAACACAAAAUAAAUCCUGCGAGUGUGGUGUUGAUCAGACUGUGGAUUGAAGCUGCUGCUCUGCAGGUUUCUCAAACUCCUCCUGAAUGUUUCCUCUACGUUUUCUAGAGUUUCUGUGUUUUCUAGAUCUGAGACUCUCAGUGAGGAGACGAUGUUUACUCGUGACGCAACUACAGAAACUCCCUUCAGAGCCUCUUUAGUCCUGAGAUCCUCCUUGAAUCUUGUCCACACAAGAUAUAAACAUUGUGCAAACAUAAUACUAAAAUAUGAACAAGAUACAAACCGGCAUUCACAAGAUCAUAACAACAUAUUAAGUUAAAGAAAACCAUGUUAGCAUGCAAGAAGAAGAUAUAUUAACUGUUGAACAAGAUACUUACUCAAAUAAAAACAAGAUACAGAAUGAACUUGUAACGACCAGUCAUGGCACUUGCACUCGCUGUUUGCACAAGAUACAAUGAUGCUAUGAGCCUGGGAAGUUUUUUUUUUUAGUGUUGAGUUCAAAGAAGGUGAAGGAUACUAACGUGUGAACAAGAUGUCAAAAAUAUUUGCAAGAUAAAAACUUCUGGAAACAGCAUAUUCAGUUGUUAAAUUACCAGAUUGGCGCAUUUGAGUAAGAAAUCCACUUUUUAACAAGAUUCCACUUUAUGAGCACAAUAUGUUCAACUUGUUUACAAAGGGAACAAGAUACUAACGGUAAUGAACAAGAUUUAAACUUCGGACAACAAUAAACAACAUUGGAACAAGAUAACAAACUGAACGCACAAGUUAUUGAUUUUGUAGUAUUGUGUUUGCACAACAACUCAACUAAUGAAAACAGGAUGUAUCUUGAUAAUUAACACAUUCACUUUUGGCAAGAUACCUUCUGAAAUCAGGUGACCAUGUGUUUUUUUCUUCUGUGCAUCAGACUUUUAGUUUUUGGAUGCUUUUUUAGAGGUGGUCUGGAUCAGAAUGCCUGACCUGGAUCAGCUGAAGUCUGAAACAGGGAACAGGGUUCAGGGUAAGAGAGAAACGCUUCCUCUGUUCAAGUCUGUAGUUACGUCAUGAACAAACUUCAAACACGUCUCACUCUGAGUCCAACCACAUUCCUGCUGCUCCUCUCAGGUGAUGUUCAAACACCCAGCUUCACUGAGUUACAACAGGACACGUCUGUGCAGGUGUGAUCCAGGUAACUCAAUGAAGCUGCCUUGUAGAAACAGAGCCUGGAGGAUAAGUUACUUUUAAUGUGACAUCAGUGACCUGGGAACACUGCCAGCAGUCUCACCUGCCCGUCAGCAGCCAGGUGAGUCUGAGCAAGUCACAUGACAGGACCUACCUGGACUCUGGGAGCUGCAUCCUGUGCUGUUCAAGUCUGAAAGAUUGUGUUAACCAACAUUAAAGAGAUGUGUUCAAAUCCA